CACUCAAAAAAAAACACGUUUUGCUCUUUAAAUAUGUUUUUAUAUCUAGAUUCGCUGUUUGAUGAUUUAGAAGUCACCUAAUAACAUAUUCAAAUACGUUGGAGGGAUGAUGGAAUGAAUGGUAUAAUGAUGCUUGGAUUGGUUCUCCCUGUUCUCCUUGUCUCUGGUCUAGUCCAGGGACAGCAGGAGUACUAUGAUGAUGGGGCGGAGUAUGAUAAUGGUAGUAUUUACUACACUGAUUACACUGAUUACAGUCCUGGACCUGAGACUCCUAGUGCUGAUCUUUUUAAUAGUUUUGUAAACUUAGAUCCCAACCUAGUUGAUGCUAAUGCUAACUUUAUCCAGCCAGAAACUGCUAAAGAUAACAUAAGUCAAGAUAUUGCUACAGAAGCAACUGGUGAUCUUACAAAUGAAAGUGAUUCUGAAAAUCAAGCUGCUUCUGAAAGUCAAGCUGCCUUUGAAAGUCAAGCUGAUUCUGAAAGUCAAGCUGAUUCUGAAAGUGUAAAUCUGUUUGGUCAAGAAAGUGAGAUUGAGGAGUACACAAAUGAAGAACAAACCUCUGUAGAUUAUGACAAUCAAAUAGAUUCAGAUAAUGUUAAUGAACAACCUUUUGAUCAAAAUGGACAGGAAACUAUUUCAGAUCAAAACAUUAAAGUUAACUCAUUAAAUGAAGCGGAAAAUUCUAUAAAUGAAGAUUUUCCAAAAGAAGAUUCAGCAACGACUAACCUAGAUAACACAAAGAUUUUUGACAACGAUGAGAAUUCUGAACCUCCAAAUAAUGGUUUUGUGAUCACUGAAGUUCUUCAAAACACUCAGGAUAAUUUGGACACUUUCAAUCAAAAUGCAAAUGAAGAAUUUCCAGACACAAAUACCAAUGAAAUAUUUAUGAGUAAAAUUGAUGAAAAUAUCCCUGUGUUUAGCCCCUCCAGCUUUUCCGUGUCUGAAGCAUCAUCAUCAACAACAUCAACCUCUACAGCAACCUCUACAACUCGAGAAACUACAACACAGAAUUUUGAAGGUGAAACAAGCACUGAAAACAUGUGCCAUGAAUACAGGGGUAGAUCAAAUAUUGUCCUGGACAUAUUCGAAUCUAUCGGGAGAGAUUUUAGCCAAGCAACAAAUCCGAGAGAACUGCCACUGUACGGUCAAAUUGGUUCAAAUAUCCAGCUAGAACUGGUUUCUACGCCAGGAAACCGGUUUUUUCAACUGAGCGGUAAAUCCUUGAAUUUAGUCCAAGUUCUUGAUCGGGACACAACAGAUCUUUCGUCAAUAGUUCUGCAGGUGACCUGCACGGUUUUAAGUACAGGAAAGCGGCGCACUAUCCCUGUAAUUGUACGGGUCAACGAUUUAAACGAUAAUUCACCUGAGUUUAAGGGUACUCCAUAUACUAUAGAUAUACCAGAGAACACGCCGGUCAACUCAAUUGUCUACAGGGGUAUUCAAGCUGUAGACCCGGAUUCUGGCCCUAAUGGUUUAGUGCAGUACACUCUUAUACCAGGGGAUGGUUCAGAAUCAGACGGUUUUGGAGUUUUCUCAAUUAAUCUUCCACAUCAGGGAAUCGUUACUUUGAACAAACCUUUGGACUUUGAGACAGUUUCCAGGUACUAUUUGACCCUGGAGGCCAGAGAUCAGGCCGGUCAAGGCGGGGAUAGAGCUACAACAACCAGUAUUAGGGUCAACGUCAUGGAUAGCGAUGAUUUAGGUCCGAAGUUUUCUCACCUUGUAUAUACUGCUAGUGUACCCAGAGGGUCUGCAGCAGGAGCUUUAGAUAUUCGUCCAGAGAAGAUACAGGCCGAGGACGGAGACUCUCUCCGCUCUGAAAUCCUGUACUCCGUCCUGGAGGGGACUCCGGAGUCAUAUUCAGAAUAUUUUAACAUUGACCGACAAACAGGAGUUGUUCGUCAAAUCAAGGUGAUAGAACCUCAAGUAGAAAUCGAAAGUUUUGAGUUAAAAAUCCAAGCUGAAGAAAAUACACUGAAUAGACGAAGAGAAGAGAGUCAACUAAUUAUUACAGUGAGAGCUGUAGAUGCUUAUCCACCUCAGCUUACUGUUUCUAGUAAUCAAGGUUAUGUAACGGAGAACUCGGGUUCAGGAACCUUGAUCCUUGACUCCACAGGAAACAGUAUAAUCUUUACUGUAUCAGAUAGAGACUUGUCCAAUGCUAGUGAUGCCCCGGAAUAUAUUCUCGAGUUCACUUCCGAUUUGUUUAAUCGAAACGAGAAGAACGAAUUAAUCGUUAGCAGUCCUAAUCUUGAUAGAGACCCACCAAAUCAACCACUACUUAUAGUUCAGGUUGUUGCCAGGGAGAAUAUAGAAAAUGGUAAAUCCUCUAUGCCGGUCAGCAUCAAAAUAAACCUCAGGGAUGAGAAUGAUAACCCUCCCCUCCUCCCCUCCUUCCCUCCCUUCACAAUAGAACCAGGGAACACAAGACGAAUCAUCACUCAUCUCAAUGCUACUGAUUUAGACGAGGAUGACAGUUUAAAAUAUAGGAUAGCUGAAGUUUCUAAUAACGGGAAGAGAAUAUUCUAUGUGAACCCGGUUACAGGAGACCUCGAGGUUAUCGGAGAUGUUAAACCCGGAGAUAAAUAUUCAAUCCUGAUAACAGUAAAAGAUGAAGCUGAUGCAGUAAGUGAAACUGUGAUUGACGUUCUUGUGUCUCAAGGUCCUAACUUGAACCCUCCAGUAUUCACUAAACUAAUAUAUAAUGCUCAGGUGAGCGAAGGUGCCAGCAAAUAUACAACAGUUAGCAGGGUUCAAGCUAGAGACCCAGAGAAGGGUUUGGUCAGUUACUCCGUCUUAUCAGGAGAUCCAGAGAGUUUUUUCAGUAUAGAAGAGUCAUCCGGGGUUAUCAGAGUUAACAAGUCCCUGGAUAGGGAGAUCAAUCCAACCUUUACUCUGGUUGUACAAGCUGCAGAUGAGGGCGGAAAGGUUAGCUCUGCAACAGUAAAUAUUAAGAUUAUAGAUAUCAAUGAUGAAACUCCAGAGUUUAAGAACACGCCUUAUUCCUUCAGAGUGAAGGAGGGUGAGAUUGGUGCUGGGGUUGGAGAAGUUCUAGCUGAGGAUAAAGAUGCUGAUGAGAACGGUAACGUGACCUACUCCCUUGACAGCUCGAUGGAGGAGUUUGAUAUUGAUCCAAAGAAUGGUAAAAUUACUACGAAGAUGGCUUUGGACUUUGAGAAAAGUCAGGUUCAUUAUGUUGUUGUAACAGCCAAGGACGGAGGAAAACAGCCUAGACUUGCAACUGCAACAGCUACAGUUCUAGUUCAGGAUACUUCUGAUGAGAUUCCAUUCUUCCCUCAACCCUUGUACUCAGCUGUAGUUCCAGAGAAUAUCAAGGAUUUCUUGGUUGUAACUGUUAAAGCUGAAGAUAAAGACUCAAUAGCCCAGAUCAACUACAGGCUUGUUUCUGGAGAUCUAGAUAAAUUUCGAAUAGAUGCUGAUACAGGGGAAAUAUUCACUACUCAGGGACUUGACUUUGAACUAGAGAAGGAGCAUACGUUGAUAAUUGGAACAGAACAAUCAGCUGCAUUAGGUGAGGAAGGAGGUAUGAGUACAUGUACUGUACAAGUAUCUGUACAAGAUGUCAACGACCUCCCACCAGAGUUUAUAAGGCUGCCUGCAGGGAACACGAUUUAUGUGAGGAACGAUGCAAAUAUCAACCAAGUAAUAGGAACUCUUGAAGCUAGAGAUCUGGACGGAACAGAACCUGGGAACAUUGUUAGAUUUGAACUAGGAGAGGAUAGUAGUGAAGAAAGCAGACGCUACUUUAGUAUAGACCAGCCUACCGGUCAAAUCACUCUGCUUGGUGAUCUCAGCAAUGAAGUUUACGACGAGUAUCGACUAAUUGUUAAAGCAAUCGACCAGGGAACUCCAUCAUUGUUUUCCAGUGUUGAGAUUAUAAUUCGAGUUGAACAAGUUGUUACUCUGCCCCCCAAUACAGGGAUAGGGUUUACUCUACUCAACCAUCAUAUAGAGGAAUAUAUCAGAAACUUCCACUGGGCUAAGUGUAAUAUUGGAUCAGCUUUAGAUAAGAAUAUACUCUUGUUCAGGUGUAAUAUUGGAUCAGCUGUGGAUAAGAAUAGACGAGAUGCCAAGGAAUUAUUUAUGGCGGAAAUGAAUGAAAAGAAAGAAUGCAAUCUGAUCCUAGCAAGGUCUGGUCUGGAUUAUGAGACAAUGACUGAGUACACUGUUGAGAUGGAAAUAAUUACUCUCAGUGCCUUCAUAAACCCACAGAGACGAAUUGCUACCGUACACUUAGCUGUUCUGGAUAAAAAUGAUAACAGUCCUGUGUUUGUUUACAACCAAACAUACAAUGACGUCAUCAAAGAGAACUAUUUGACAAUAGUAGAUCAAAAUACAAAGGUUGGUAGCAGGAUAUUUCAAGUUUACGCUGAGGAUAGAGAUAGUGGAAAAUUUGGGAAUAUACAAUAUGAUCUCUCCACUGAAACAUCUUCAGACGGCAGGAGGUACUUCAAGGUAGAUGAGAAGACAGGGGAGGUGUUCAGCUUGGUGGAGUUCCAAGAGAACCUGGUGGAGGAGAACCAGGAUACAUCAUUCAACCUCAUCAUUAAUGCCAGGGAUAAUCCAGGAUACCCCGAGGAUAGUAAGAUGAGCAGGACGGAGCUAGUUGUAAACCUUCUUACUAGAGAGAACCUAUUCGUUCUAGUUCUCAGGGAUACAACCCCAGCACAGAUUAUUCCAAGACAUAAAGAGUUGGCUGACCUCCUUAGCUCUCAAACAAACCUUAUCGUUAAUAUAGACCGCACCAUGCCUAUGCUAAGUAAAGACGAGAAUGAAACAUGCUGCGUCACAAGUUUAACAGAUUCUGAUGUCUGGUUUUAUGGUGUGGAUCCUGAAACCCAGGAACUGUUGAAGAUAAAUCAAACUUUAUCUGAGGAGAAAAUACUUAGUAAACAAGCACAGACUAGUAUCAAUUACAUAGUUACUGGACAGCUUCAUGUACAGGCCAGCGAUAUACAUACAGUAUUUGCUGAAACACCAGUUACUGCUGCUCAGCCAUCAACAACAUCCAUCCGUACACUGUACAGUAAUCAGUACAGUGGGUACCCAGCUGUCCUGAUUGCGAUUGGUUGUCUGGUGUUUGCUAGUUCUGUUAUAGCUAUACUUUAUCUUCUCUUCCUAUAUAUUAGAUUAAGAGACGCUAAAAGUAGAGCUGAGAGAAUGGUGAUAAUACCUAAAUAUGAACCAGUCUUUGUAGAGCCAAAUCUCAAGGAAUAUGAAACACAGGUUCUACAGAUGAGUGUUGCUAUUGAUGAUGUUGACAAUGAUCUGAGAAUGGAUUUCACGAACAGAAAGCAACGAGGAUUUGAUCCUGGAUUUCAUCUGGACAAUGUCAGUUAUAUUACUCACGAUACAAGCUCAUCUGGAAGUUCGCCAGUCCAAGAGCCCGGGUUGACCCACUCAACCUUCAGAGCAGCGACUGUAUCAGGACGGGCUGGUCGACCUGUAUACCGUAAUUUAUCCAGCUCUAGGAAGGUCGAAGUAGCUCCUGUAGAUGUAGGAAGAGUAAACCCAGUUUAUCAAGAUCAAGAGAACCUCAUUUUUCAUGGAGUUCAGGAUUUCAACACAAGCACUCCUAAGAAAUCUCACAGCUUUAGAGCACACCCUGUAGAUGCUACAACACAGCUCUAGAUACUUCAAUCAAUAAUUUGAUCAUUUACGAUCAUUCAAUUAAUCGAUUUACUUAUGAUCAUUCAAUUUAUCGAAUUGAUCAAUUAAGCAGGAUACAAAUUCUUCUUUGUUAUGUCAAUACAUCAAUUUUUUACUACAGUCGUCGUCGUAUAUAUCAAUAAAAUAAAGACGACUUUAAUUUUCAAUUGUUGAUUUCUACCAAGCUUUCACAACAUAUACAACAUAUAAACAUUGGAUCAAAGCUGUCAAUUAACAGAUUCUCUUUGUUUACUAGUAAACUUGUAAUUUUAUAAAAGCUUGUUAAAAAUCUAAACUUAAAUAAAAAAGAUGUUUUCAUUGUAUUGAUAGAAACGCCGACCACGGUAGAUUAGGUAGUCAUGUUAUUCGAUUGAUCAUUUACCGAUCGAUUAGUCACUAAUUGGUAAGAUUCGAUUUAUCUGUUAUUAGUUCAACUAAAUGAUUUUUGCUGCUUUCAAGUACUAAUUAGUUAAUAAUUUAUGAAAUUGGAUACGCGGAAUUUUGGUAACUAAUAAUUUGGUAACUAACAAUUUGGUAAC